AUGGCCGACGGCGGCGGCGAAGGAGAGCAUGUCGUUCAGAUGAUGGCUGGCGGCUCCGGACCAGGCAAGGUGGCCGCGCCGGAGAAGUGGCUGAAUCGCUUCGUCCGUGCAGUCGUGUUGAUCGAGAGAGUGGGCAACGCGCUUGGCACGCUGGCUUUCACGUGGGCCACCGUCGUCCUGCUCGGCGGCUACGCCAACAGUUUGGUGGUCAGGGCUUUGGGUCUUUUUGUUUUCAGAAGUUCAGGUUAUCCUAGCUCUGAUGUUUUCUUUAGGAUGCUUAGGUUCCUCUCCCGCUCCCGCACGCUCGCAGCUCCGUGCCUUGCUCCCCCGUCGCCGGCCUCGCUCCCCCGUCGCCGGCCUCCCUCUACCUCAUCGCCGGCGCUGGCCACCUCCUCCCUCGCCCCCGGCCCUCUCCUUCCCCGCCGCGUCGCCCCGGCCUGUGCUCGGCCGCGCCCCACCCCCUCCCCCCCCGUCGCUGUCCUGCCGCCCCGAGCGCGGCCACGGCCUGCUGUCGCCGCCUCGCGCCUCCCCGCGCCGCCCUGCGCCUUCCCGUGCUCGGCCGCGGCCGGCCACCGUCUCCCCGCGCCCUGCCGCCCCUAG